AUGGAGGUUGAAAACGGCGCUGCAGCUGGUCAGAAUGGCAGUGAUACAGGAAAAGGCUACAAGCUAAAAUUCUGCACAGUAUGUGCCAGUAACCAAAACAGAUCAAUGGAAGCACAUUUGCGCCUGUCCCAAGCAGAGUAUCCCGUGAUCUCGUUCGGAACUGGCUCGCUCGUCCGCCUACCAGGUCCAACAAUCACACAGCCCAACGUCUACCAAUUCAAUAAGACGUCAUACGACAGUAUGUACAAGGAGCUUGAAGCAAAAGAUCCACGGCUAUAUAAGAACAACGGUAUUCUCAACAUGCUUGGUAGAAAUCGCGGCGUAAAGUGGGGUCCUGAAAGAUGGCAAGACUGGCAGAUUGGUGUUCCCCGACUGCAACACGCAUCAGAUCGUGGAAGCGAGGGUACAGAAGGUGGUGUGGUGGACGUAGUCUUCACUUGUGAGGAACGUUGCUGGGACGCGGUCAUUGAUGACUUAUUAAGUAGAGGAUCACCAUUGAACCGGCCAGUGCAUGUAAUCAAUGUCGAUAUCAAGGACAAUCAUGAGGAGGCACAUGUUGGUGGGCAAGGCAUCCUUGAUCUUGCCAACUCCCUCAACGCCGCCGCCAGAAAACAGCGGGAUGCUGUUGGCGCCGCGGCGUUUGAUAGCGGCAACGCGUCAAGCAGGGCCAGCUUCGACGAGAUGGUACCCGAGAUUCUGGGAGCUUGGCAGGAGCGCUGGCCAAAUCUACCAGCUACCUGGACCCUGGCAUGGUUCUGA